AUGGACACGAUAACCGAGUUUAAGAGAAGGAUGUCUAACAAAUUUGAGAUGAGUGACUUAGGGAAGUUAACAUAUUAUCUUGGGAUUGAGGUGUGCCAACAUGAACAAGGAAUUACUCUGAAUCAAGAGAGAUAUGCGAAGAAGAUUCUGAGUGAAACCAAGAUGGAUGAAUGCAAUGAUGUACAAAUACCAAUGGACCAAGGUCUGCGUCUGUCAAAGGCGAGUAAUGAGAAGAACAUAUAUGAGAAAGAGUAUAGAAGGAAUAUCGGAUAUAUGCAGCAACCUAUGGAGUCACAUGGAGCAGCGCUGAAACAAAUCCUAGGGUACCUGAAAGGAUCCACGUCUUAUGGAUUCAUGUUCAAUCAAGGAACUGAAGGCGACCUGAGAGGCUUCAGGGAUAGUUCUCAUGCUGUAGAUGAAGAUGAUGGGCGUAGUACAGCAGGGCAUGUAUUCUACCUUGGUGACAGUCCAAUAACAUGGUGUUCUCAGAAGCAAGAGACAGUUGCUUUGUCCGCAUGUGAAGCUGAGUUCAUGGCAGCAACGAAAGUGGCUAAACAGGCGAUUUGGCUUCAAGACCUCUAUGAAGAGAUCACUGAUCAGACACGUGAGAGGGUGGUAGUUUUGGUGGAUAACAAAUCGGCUCUAGCAUUGACAAAGAAUCCGCAUGUACCAGGGGAUGAACAAAAGACUGACAUUUUGACAAAAGCACUUGGAAGGAUCAAGUACAAGGAGAUGAGAGAGUUGAUAGGAGUUCAAGAUGUUAGUCAAGUUAAGCUCAAAUUUAAAGGGGAGAAUGUUGGAGAUAAACUUGAGAAUAACUUGAUUGGCAAGAUAUCUAAUCCUAGUUAG